AUGGAGCUGAACUCGCUGCUGCUGCUGCUGGAGGCGGCCGAGUACCUGGAGCGCCGCGAGCGGGGCGGCGCCGCGCCCCUGUGCGCGCGCGGGGCCGGGGCGCGGGCGGCGGGCGGCCGGCUGUCCGCGGAGGCCGAGCACGGCUACGCCUCGGCGCGGCCCUUCGACGGCGACCUCGCCCGGAAGAGGACAAAGGCGGCCGGCCUGGCGCGCAAGGCCCCGAGCAACAGGUCGUCACACAAUGAGCUAGAAAAGCAUAGACGAGCCAAACUCAGGCUGUAUCUGGAGCAGCUCAAGCAGCUGGUGCCGCUGGGCCCGGACAGCACCCGCCACACCACCCUCAGCCUCCUGAAGCGUGCCAAGAUGCACAUCAAGAAGCUGGAGGAGCAGGACCGCAGGGCGCUGAGCGUCAAGGAGCAGCUGCAGCGCGAGCACCGCUUCCUCAAGCGCCGCCUGGAGCAGCUGUCGGUGCAGAGCCUGGAGCGCAUGCGCACAGACAGCACGGGCUCCGCCGUGUCCACCGACGACUCCGAGCAAGAGGUGGACGUGGAGGGCAUGGAGUUUGGCCCCGGGGAGCUGGACAGUGUGGGCAGCGGCAGCGACGUGGACGACCACUACAGCCUGCAGAGCGGCGGCUGCAGCGCCGGCGGCUUCGGCACCCCCUGCCGGAGGCCCAGCCGCCCUGGCCUCUCGUAGACCCAGUGCCUC